GUGGCCGAGCUGGGGCAGCCUGAGGACGCACCCGCAGUCGGCCGUCCGCUCGCGCGCCCGCAGCUGCCCCGCGCCAUGAGCCGGAGGAGUCUCUCGCUCCGGUUUCCGCUGCUCCUACUCCUGCUCCCGCCGUCUCCGGUCCUGCCGGCGGACCCUGGGGCGCCCGCACCGGUGAACCCCUGUUGUUACUAUCCGUGUCAGAACCAGGGUGUCUGUGUCCGCUUCGGCCUGGACCGCUACCAGUGUGACUGUACCCGCACGGGCUAUUCCGGCCCCAACUGCACCAUCCCUGGACUCUGGACCUGGCUCCGGAAUUCCUUGCGGCCCAGCCCCACUUUUGUCCACUUCCUGCUCACGCACGGGCGCUGGCUCUGGGAGUUUGUCAAUGCCACCUUCAUCCGAGACACGCUCAUGCGCCUGGUACUCACAGUGCGUUCCAACCUUAUCCCCAGCCCUCCCACGUACAACACAGCGUACAACUACAUCAGCUGGGAGUCCUUCUCCAAUGCGAGCUAUUACACCCAAAUUCUGCCCUCUGUGCCCCAAGACUGCCCAACGCCGAUGGGGACCAAAGGGAAGAAGCAGCUGCCAGAUGCCCAGCUCCUGGGCCACCGCUUCCUGCUCAGGAGGAAGUUUAUCCCUGACCCCCAAGGCACCAACCUCAUGUUUGCCUUCUUUGCACAACACUUCACCCAUCAGUUCUUCAAAACUUCUGGCAAAAUGGGUCCUGGCUUCACCAAGGCCUUGGGCCAUGGGGUAGACCUGGGCCACAUUUAUGGAGACAAUCUGGAACGCCAGUAUCACCUGCGGCUCUUUAAGGAUGGGAAACUCAAGUACCAGGUGUUGGAUGGGGAGAUGUACCCGCCUUCGGUGGACCAGGCUCCGGUGUUGAUGCACUACCCACGGGGCAUCCCGCCCCAAAACCAGAUGGCGGUGGGCCAGGAGGUGUUUGGGCUGCUUCCCGGGCUCAUGCUCUAUGCCACACUCUGGCUGCGUGAGCACAACCGCGUGUGUGACCUGCUGAAAGCCGAGCACCCAACCUGGGAUGAUGAACAGCUCUUCCAGACCACCCGUCUCAUCCUCAUAGGGGAGACCAUCAAGAUUGUCAUUGAGGAUUAUGUGCAGCAUUUGAGUGGCUACUUCCUGCAGUUAAAGUUUGACCCAGAGCUGCUGUUCAGAGCCCAGUUCCAGUACCAAAACCGCAUCGCCGUGGAAUUCAACCAGCUCUACCACUGGCAUCCGCUCAUGCCCGACUCUUUCAAGGUGGGCUCCCAAGAGUACACCUACGAGCAGUUCUUGUUCAAUACCUCCAUGCUGGUGGACUACGGGGUCGAGGCCCUGGUGGAUGCCUUCUCUCGCCAGAAAGCUGGCCGGAUCGGUGGGGGUAGGAACAUAGACCACCACAUUCUUCAUGUGGCUGUGGAUGUCAUCAAGGAGUCUCGAGAGAUGCGGCUGCAGCCCUUCAAUGAGUACCGCAAGAGGUUUGGCAUGAAGCCCUACACCUCCUUCCAGGAGCUCACAGGAGAGAAGGAGAUGGCAGCUGAGUUGGAGGAGCUGUAUGGAGACAUCGAUGCUUUGGAAUUCUACCCGGGGCUGCUGCUUGAAAAGUGCCUACCGAACUCCAUUUUUGGGGAGAGUAUGAUAGAGAUCGGGGCUCCCUUUUCCCUUAAGGGUCUUCUAGGAAAUCCCAUCUGCUCUCCAGAGUACUGGAAACCAAGCACAUUCGGUGGCGAGGUAGGCUUCAACAUUGUCAACACGGCCACACUGAAGAAACUCGUCUGCCUCAACACCAAGACCUGUCCCUAUGUGUCCUUCCAAGUGCCAAACUCCAGUCAGGACAAUGGACAUGUUGUAGAGCGACCAUCCACAGAACUCUGAGAGGGACUAGGAAGCAGUCUUUUGGAGGGUAGGGCUUUGUGCUUGUCAUUCUAGAAUGCUGAGGUCAGGAUUGAUAUUCCAAAAUGGCGGUUUGGGGGUUUGGCCUUUGAAGUGUUGGGGUUGACAUUUAGAACUUUGGGUCUCACCCCUUCUCUGGAAUAUGAUGAUUUUGUCACUCUAGAAUGCCAAAUUCCUUGUUAACCAUUCAGAAUGUUAGGAGUGGUUCUCAUUUGGCCUGUCAGAACACUGGGUUUCUGGUUGACAACCUUGAAUUUCAGAUUUCUGGGAAUAUAGGCAUUCUAGAUUAUAGAGCUCCUUAUGAAAUCUUCAGUAAGUUAGGGGGUUCUUAUUUUGCAUUCUAGAAUCUGGGUGGCCCUCCAGAAUGUUGAUGGUAUGAUUAGUGAUUCAGAAUGUUGUGCUCCUGGUUGAUGACCCAGAACAGAAGCUGGUCCUGACCUGAACGUCUAGACUGUUAAUUUGAUUAAUUUUCCUGUUCAGUGAGAUAGCCGUAGACCAGAAGGACCUAAUGACCAACUAGAAUGCACUGCCUGAAUGUGUUCUUGCACGGAGGGGCAAAGAAGUGGGGUGUUCUUCUUGGUACCCCCACUAGGAACCUGGUCCAAGGAUAUAGAGAGAACAGAUGGGCUUUUCCAUGCCAUUGGUUGGAAGCCACUCGAGCUCCGUCCCCAUCCAGGUCUUGACUCAUGGCAGCUGUUUCUCAUGAAGCUAAUAAAAUUCUCUUUCCAAAGUUA